AUUGAAGUUUCUACAAAUGCAGGUAAACGAAAGAAAGAUAUGGUGAAGAGAGAAGACAGAAGGAAAUAGAAAAAGACAGUUCUGUUCUGUUAUCUCUCUCUCUCUUUCUCUCUGUGUCUCUAUUCAACCAAUCCACAAACACGAAGACGAAAAGCAAUAUCUGAGAAGUGAGAAGUGAGAAGUGAGAUCACAUGGGUCUGUGCUUCUCCUCUGGCUCUUCCCUGAGGCGCCCCCAAACGCAGUACUCAGGGUCAGCGACGACGAGCAGCGCCGGGAAGAGCCAAUUCUCGGAGAUAGCGAGCGGAAGCAUCGACAGCCAAGGCUCUCUCCCUCUCGCUCUUCCGCUUCCUUCUCCCGAUGGCCAGAUUCUGGAGAGGCCCAAUCUGAAGGUCUUCACCUUCGGGGACCUGAGAUCGGCCACCAAGAGUUUCAAGUCCGACACAUUGCUCGGCGAAGGCGGCUUCGGCAGAGUCUACAAGGGCUGGCUCGAUGAGAAGACCCUCUCCCCUGCCAAAGCUGGCUUCGGCAUGAUCGUCGCCAUCAAAAAGUUGAACCCCCAAAGCACGCAAGGCUUUCAAGAGUGGCAGUCAGAAGUGAACUUUUUAGGGAGGCUUUCUCACCCGAACCUGGUCAAGCUAUUGGGUUAUUGUUGGGAUGAUGAUGAGCUUCUUCUUGUGUACGAGUUCAUGUCAAAGGGAAGCUUAGAGAAUCAUCUAUUCAGAAGAAAUCCCAACAUAGAACCUCUUUCUUGGAGCACACGGUUUAAAAUAGCCAUUGGUGCAGCUCGGGGAUUAGCUUUCUUGCACGCCUCCGAAAAACAAGUCAUAUACAGAGAUUUUAAGGCCUCAAAUAUACUACUUGAUGGGAAUUACAAUGCAAAAAUCUCAGAUUUUGGCUUGGCUAAAUUGGGACCCUCUGGAGGACAGUCACAUGUAACUACCAGGGUUAUGGGCACAUAUGUUUAUGCUGCUCCAGAAUAUAUUGUAACAGGGCACUUGUAUGUGAAGAGUGAUGUGUAUGGUUUUGGUGUGGUGCUUCUUGAAAUACUGACAGGCAUGAGAGCACUUGACACAGAACGCCCAACAGGGCAGCAAAAUCUAGUUGAAUGGACCAAGCCUCUUCUUUCUUCCAAGAAAAAGUUGAAAACAAUUAUGGAUGCUAAAAUAGAGGGUCAAUAUUCACCCAAGGCAGCAUGGCAAGAAGCACAACUUACUCUAAAAUGCUUAGAAAAUGACCCUAGACAACGUCCUUCUAUGAAAGAUGUUGUUGAGGAAUUGGAAGCCAUUGAAGCUAUCCAUGAAAAAUCUAAAGAAUCCAAAAUCCGCAAUUCUCACUGCACUUCUCAUCAACCUCCUCGGCAGAGAGUUGCAAGAGUAUAAAUAAAUUUGUACACAAAAAAAAAGAAAAAACUAGAAAU